AUGCUGCCAAAAUUUUAUUUUCUGAUUAUUCUGGGAUUUUUCGUUAUAAAUGUUAAUGCCGUGAAAUAUAUAGGUCCAUUAACUGAAAAGGAAUGUAAAGCUUAUUUGGCAUCGAACAAUAUUAAUAAAAGACUUCAAGCUGUAUUUAGUUGUCCAAAAAAAUGGCGAACAAAACAUAAAUGCAUUAACUUUAUUCAAAUUGGCACACUCAACAGAUUGACGAAGAGAACACUUCUAUUAAAUCAGAAUAUUCAAUAA